AUGAAUAUUGAGUGGAAAUUAUAGAAUAUUGUCAAAGCCUUAGGUAUGACUUGUUUAUAAUUAAUAAGGUUUCUUUUGUUUAUUUACUAUGCCUCCAUAUGCAUUCUAUUGGAAAUAUAGUUCAAUGAGUAAUAAUAAUGUUUAUUUUUUAGAAAGUUUUGAAAAAGGAAUCUACAAUGACUUUAACAGAGUGCACAGCAAAGGAAAAUCCUUAGCCGAUAUCCCUAAAAAAGAAAAAAUAUGA